GUAACAUUCUUCAUCAGAUGCGGACGACGAGAAGAAUGCGAGGCGAAAUAAGUAAAGCUCUUUUAUAGGACUUGUGCGCAGUUUUAUUGACAGUUGUAUGCAGCUUUGCAGAACAUAAAAGAACUAGUGAAAAAAAUGGCGUCUCUCGCGGUCCCAAAAAAGCUGGAGGUGUCCGACAGCACGCGCAGCUUGCUGUCACCGGUCCCACCACCUUUUCGCGUGUGCGCUAAACUAGAAGGCAUAAAAUCAUCGAUCGUGGUGCCAACUGCUAGUACUAAAAGUAGCAGUAGUAGCACACCUAAUUAUACUAACAGCGGAGCUAACGGUGGUACAAGUGCAGCAACAACUUCUGCCGCGAUGACUACACCUUCUUUUUUGAGUUGUGACAGCAGCCGGGAGGACAUUUACAUCGUAGGGUACCGCGGGGAGGAUGACUUGCGGGAUUUGAUACCUUUGAUCGAAUGCGAUUUGUCGGAGCCUUAUUCCAUCUUCACUUAUCGUUACUUCGUGAACCAGUGGCCUGAGCUCUUCUUCGUGGCAGUGACGCUCUCCGACGCAGGGAAGAAGGCUAUGCAGAGGCUGGACAGCAAGGAAAAGCACGACGCGAGUGAACCUGUUCUUGACGCCGCGACGAAGAAUAUCAAGGAAGAGGAUAGUACAGACUUAUCAGGCGACUUGGCGGCAAUAGAGAAGGAGAACAUGAAUCCGUUGCUAAGCUACGACGACAAGGUAGCGAACAUACUGGCCUGUCGGAGUCACACGGUGGUGGUGGGCGGCAUCAUCUCCAAGUUGGAAGCACACAUUAUGACCGCAUUUUUUUGUACAUCUUGGCCCCCAGCACAGCAUCUUCCUCGUACGAAAAAUAUAACUAGACGAAAAUUGCAUGAUGAUCAGGAAUGAACCAUUCAGGUUCACUUUUACGUUUUUUACUAGCAUGAGGAUGUAGACCGCUUGUUGAAUGAAGAGUCCCUGUUGCUUUCUCCUCCCUAUGAAAGGUGAUAACAGGGACAAUAGCAUGCAUUUCUCCUCCCUCAACAAGGAAAGACCCCAAUCACCUCCUAUUCUUCAUACACCAAUCGUCGUAUUUUCCCGCGAUGCGUGGCUAUAUCGCAAUGUUAGCUGUGGACAAGGAAUUUCGUAGACGCGGUUUAGGCCGGCGCAUUGUCCAAGUCGUGUUGACGAGGAUGGAGGAACUAGGUGGACACGAAUGCGUUCUAGAGACAGAGCUGGUCAACGAUAAGGCCCGUCGAUUGUACGAGUCUUUGGGGUUCAUCAAAACUAAGCGACUCGAAAGCUACUACCUAAACGGCCUUGACGCUUUUCGGUUCAAGUAUGUCUUUCCACCAAGAGAAAGGAUGGAACAGAUCAAGAGGCACGAACGGAUGGAGGAACAGAAAGCCAGGCUGGGGUUUAGAUGACAAUGACGAGGAGGAGGAGGAUUCCAACUCUUGAGUACCAACAGAAGACGACUUCAAUUUUGCCCCUCUCCAACAGAAGUUGUGACAACAUCAGCUUCGCUCUUCUCGUCUGUCACCGAUCAACUAUGGUGAAAUACAGAGAUUUGUAUCCCAUUUCUCAACGAGGGGAAGUGUCCCUGUGACCCUGUCUAGGAUGAGAACAGUACUUCCAGCGUAUCAUCUUUACGAGCGACGACAACCAACAUACUCUGGUUCUUUUCCCUAGUUACAGAAGAUUUCGAUUUCCUCUAAAACUUUUUUCAGAGGUUUGUACUUAAUUUUUCAUCGUCUC